CCGGAACUUUAUGUGUACAAAAAUACAACUUUGUCAAACUAUGAUCGUACAGUAUCAGAAUUAGAUAAUGAUAAGAUAUCAAAUAUAUUUGAGUGGAUGUCAAAAAAAACCCCCAAGAAAGGUUUCAAAUCGUCUCAUUUACCGCAUCUAGAAGUUUUACCAUUUUCUGAAACUUUUGGAGGAAAAAACUUUACCAACAAAUUAAGUGGAUUAGAUGCAGGAGUAUGCGAUUUAAAUAAAACUUAUACUCGAAGAAAUAUUCCAACAAGUAAUUCUCUUGGAUGUUUUAUUUUAGAUGAAAGUCAUUUUACAAAUCCUUUUUAUGAUUUAGAUAGAAAUUUAAUUGAUCCGGGUUUAUGUUUAAUUCAUUGUAAAGAUUAUAAUUAUACCAUUUCUGCACUUAGAAAUUCAAAUGAAUGUAGAUGUGGAUUUCAAGAUGGUUUAAAACAACAAUUAGAUAAUGAAACUUGUUAUCUUGAUUGUAUUGGUAAUUCAACUUUUAAAUGUGGUGGAAAAGAAGCUUAUACUGUUUAUAAUACUAUAAUUGGACUUUCAAGUUAUAAUAUGUCUAAUAUAAGUUCCGAUAAAAAACGUGAUCUUAUAAAUAAUCUCAAAAAUGAUAUUAGAUAUAAUGGAUGUUUUCAAGAAAGUCCUAAUUGUGGUCAAAGAUUAUUGAAUGGUACAUUAGAUGAAAAUAUUCAUAUGACAAUUGAUUAUUGUAUAAAUUUUUGUAAGAAAAAGGGUUAUGCAUUUGCUGGACUAGAGGUUGGUUCUCAAUGUUUCUGUGGAAAUGAAUAUGAACGUAUAAGAAGAUUGGGUGAUGAUUAUUGUAGUAGUAGUUGUAUAUUUAAUAGUUAUCAAAUCUGUGGAGGUCCUUUAACUCUUAGCAUUUACGAUACUGAAAUUACUUCUGGCAAUAAUACUAGUAAUAAAAUUGACAAUACUGAAAUUACUCCUGGCAAUAAUAUUGCAAAAGAGACGUACCACACAUGCACGUCUGAAUGUGUCCCUCAAAGUGAGUGGAAUAAUUCUUUUUCGAGUCACAUCAAUGACCGAACCAGUCGUGUAAUAUUACGAAAAGUGGGUGUCUAUUUGAAUUUUGAACAACAUGAAGAAGGUCCCACCUCGACUAAAAAAAACCACUCGGUAUAUCCAAAAAAGUUAUGA